UUAAAAAUCUAAUAAAAUGGGCAAAUUAAAUGUUACGGUGUUGCGCUAUCUCACCAAAGAAGAUUUUCGUGUGCUAACAGCCAUCGAAAUGGGCAUGAAGAAUCAUGAAUUGGUACCAGGCCCGCUGGCUGCUGCGAUUGCCAACCUUAAAACUGGAGGCGUACAUAAAUUGCUAAAAGAACUUUGCAAGCACAAAUUGCUGUCUUAUGAGCGUGGCAAGAAGUAUGAUGGGUAUCGUUUAACCAACACUGGUUAUGACUAUCUCGCCUUGAAGUCCCUUACGUUACGCGGCUCUGUUAGCUCCUUUGGCAACCAAAUUGGCAUUGGCAAGGAGUCGAACAUAUAUGUAGUUGCCGAUGAGGAGGGCACGCCUAUUUGCCUUAAGCUGCAUCGCCUAGGUCGCACCUGCUUUCGCAAUGUUAAAUCAAAGCGAGACUAUCAUGGACGUCGACACAAAGCAUCGUGGCUCUACCUCUCUCGUAUUUCUGCAACCCGAGAGUUUGCUUACAUGUCUGCUUUGUAUGAUCGUGGCUUUCCUGUACCCAGACCCGUUGAUUUCAAUCGGCACUGUGUGCUCAUGGAGCUAGUCAACGGAUGGCCAAUGACACAGGUGCACGAGUUGCUGGAUGCACCGCAGGUCUAUGAUGAUCUUAUGAAUCUCAUCGUACGCCUGGGUAAUUCGGGCGUUAUUCACGGUGAUUUCAAUGAAUUUAAUUUGAUGCUUACCGAUGCCGGAAAACCCAUACUUAUUGACUUUCCUCAAAUGAUGUCCACUGCCCAUGAAAAUGCUCAAUUCUUCUUUGACCGUGAUGUCACUUGCGUGCGUGAGAUGUUUCGACGUAAGUUUGGCUACGAAAGCGAGGAUUAUCCCAAAUUUAGCGAUUUGGUGCGUGAAGAUGAUUUGGAUGCAGAGGUUCAUUGCACAGGCUAUGGCUUCACCAAGGAAAUGGAACAGGAUUUGCUACAGGAAUAUGGUAUGAUUGAAGAGGUAGAAACUAAAGAGGACGACGAGGGACAGCUGGCUAACGAUGAGCCGCCAAUUUUGGUGCCUGCUGCAGCUGCUGAGAUUGAUGAAUGCCGCAGGCAAUUGGAGAACGAAGUAUCCUACAGCGAGACCAAGCCUACACAUCAGAAUUCGGAUGAUGCUAUAAGGCGUUACAUUGAGUCGUGCACGCAAUACCUAGGUAAUCUGACUGUUGGUCCUGAGAUAUCCGAUCAGGCUUUAGCAACAGCACCAAAACCGGUUGCCUCGGAACAAGAGUCGCACAAUUACAUAAACGAAUCUAAUGAACCUGUGAAAGAGACAGUUGACUCUGCUUCAAAUACAAAACAAUCAACUAUUCCAGUUGAUGAUGCGCGUUCCAUCAGCUCAAACGAUUUGGAAACGGAUGAAAUUCCAGAGCUGGUAGGUCUGGAUCCUAAUUCACGUAUGUACCGUCUGAAGAUGGUUGAACAGAUGCUUAACGAUGCACGCAGCCAGCGCUCCUUCUCCACAACAGCCAGCACAAUAGCUCCAUCUGUGAUCACAGAUCGCAUACGUCGUAACAUGGACAUCAAGGAAAAGCGCGAUCAGCGGAAGCGUUGCGUUGCCAAGGGAGAGGCGAGUGCUGUACAUCGCCAUCGCAAGGAAAACAAAGAUGUGGUCAAGGAGUACGCGGGCUGGGACUUUUAGAUUAACUCUAACUCAAACUAGUGUAUAUACACCACAGCGACUUUAAACAUAAUAUAGCAUGUAUUUAUAAAUUAGUAUAGAAAGCUGAGAGGGUACCGAAAAUUAAUCGCAGUUACGUUUCGGAGUCGUAACGACCGCUACACAAUGUAUAAUCAGAAAUCGAAGAGAUUUCUUGGAAGAUCUUUUUCGAAGCGAGUGGUUUUUAAUACUUUCUAUGAAAUAUAAAUUGAAGAUCUAUCUUCAAUAAAUAUUAUCAAUGCUGUUGUUAUUAGACAAAUCAAACCACUCUUAUUCU